GUGUACUAUAUGGACAAAUAGUGCAAUUGUGCAACCAAUAAAUUCAUCACAGUUUUUGCAAGAAGUCCGGUUGGUUAAAAUCUAUCCACUGUCCACUGAUGGAGUCCUGAGUAUGAAGGUGCUUGUGGCAACCGCAGCUGCAAAGCCACUACAGCAAUCGCAGUCCCAAGCCAUUACAGUACAGCUCCCCAUAUGUGAUCCCCAAACCAUCUCCACAGCCCCCAGGUGGCCCUAUCCAGAGCAAACCAAAUGGUUGUUCAGGCCAUCCAUAUGGGGCCCCAGCAGCAGCGAGCGAACUGAACCGAUGAGAACUCCAACCAGAAGUAGGGCAUCAGGAUGGGUCAGGCAGCGAGGAGGAGCAGAAGGGGUAUCAGGAUCAGUGGCAUCUCAGACGUAGCAUGUGUAGCUCGACAGAGAGUGAGUGAGAGAGAGAGAGAUGGAGAGAGAGGAAGAGAUUAUUAGGUAAGCUUUUGUCCUCUAAUGGUUAAGCACAAUGUACUUUGCAUGCAGAGUGCAAGCAGGGACUCCGGCAAGACUAGCUAUGACAGCAUAACUAAAAGAGAGAGCCAGAAGCUAACACAGACAUGAGGGCACCCUGGGACAUAAGGCAGCCAGCCACUCCACUGUCGACAAACCUGUGUGAACGCGUGAGAGUGGGGGGGUGACAUCAUCCAAACAUCCCAGUUCACCACAACACUCUAUGCCUGUGAAUCCUCCAGACCUGCCCCUGUACCUAAGAAAAAAACUAUUCACAAAAGGCUUGACUAAACAAAUAUGUUUUCAGCCUAGACUUAAACACUGAGACUGUGUCUGAGCCCCGAACACUAAGAGGAAGGCUGUUGCAUAACUGUGGGGCUUUGUAAGAGAAAGCUCUACCCCCAGCUGUAGCACGCACUAUUCGAGGUACCAACAAAUAGCCUGCACCUUUUGAUCUGAGUAGGCAUGGCGGAUCAUAAAAGACCAAAAGUUCGCUCAGGUACUGCAGCGUGAGACCAUUUAGCGCUUUAUUGGUCAAUAGUAGUAUUUUAUAAUCAAUACGAAAUUUGAUUGGGAGCCACUGCAGUAUGGAUAAGAUAGGGGUGAUGUGGUCAUAUCUUCUGAUUCUAGUAAGGACUUUUGCUGCUGCAUUCUGUACUAACUGGAGCUUGUUUAUGCAUCUACUGGAACAUCCAGACAGUAAGGCAUUACAAUAAUCCAACCUAGAGUUAACAAAAGCAAAACUAAUUUUUCUGCAUCGUGUAGUGACAAUAUAUUUCUUAUUUUAGCAAUAUUUCUGAGAUGAAAGAAAGCGAUCCUAGUUAUAUUAUCUACAUGAGCUUCAAACGAAAGACUAGAGUCAAUAAUCGAUUACAAUUAUAUAAUCAGAAAGCUUACUUCUAACUGCAUGUGGUUCUAGUACAAGUACUUCUGUCUUGUCAGAAUUAAGUAAGAGAAAGUUAAUAUGCAUCCAGUUUCUAAUGUCUUUUACACAUUCCUCAACUUUAUUAAGCUGGUGUCUGUCAUCUGGCUUUGCUGAAACAUACAACUGUGUGUCAUCAGCGUAACAGUGGAAGCUAAUACCAUGUUUACGGAUAAUUUUACCCAGAGGUAGCAUAUAUAGAGAAAAGAGCAGUGGGCCUAAAACAGAGCCUUGCGGGACACCAAACUUUACCUUAGUAUGAGAAGAGAAGUCACCAUUUACGUUUACAAACUGAUAACGAUCAGUCAAAUAAGACCUGAGCCAGGAAAGGGCCAUUCCCUUAAUGCCUACUACAUAUAUUGCUUUUAACAAUACAUAUUGUCGCAAAGCACCGUUAAAGAAAUCUAAUGAACAAGCCAGACGAGACAGUGGCAAGGAAAGACUCAAUAUGACAUCGUGAGGAAGAAACCUUGAGGGAAACUGACUCAAAAAGGAACCCGGUGUCUGGGCAGCACCGGAUAGUGCAAUUAUAAAUCAUUACUCAUCCACACUUGUAUGCUAUGAAGUCAGACAGAACUUAGAGUGUUGAAAUUAUGACAUGUAUGAUUUCAGCAGCAGUAUGAGUCAGUCAUUGCAAAUGGCACAUUGUGCACCUUGUCACAUCCUGAGCCCAACCCAACCCAUGGUAUCUCUGCACUUUUGCAGUGUCUGCACAUGCAUUUAAAUAUCACUUCCCUGUUCCACAGAUCUGUAAAGAGUGCGAUAUCUUUUAUAGUUAUCUGGAAAUCAAAAUUACACCAGCGGCAAAAGGAUCAGCAACUGUGUUUUCAAAGCCAAAGAGUGGUGUGAUGUCCAGCAAACGUAAGCAUAACGAGAUAAAUGGUGAUCCAGUGCCAGAUAAACACCUCUACAAGGCAGGUGGACCAAAAGAUGAUGAUAUAUAUUUCAUGGCUGUUGCCCUCCUGUUUGCUAAGAAGAGCCUUGAUCCUAACACAAAGGUGGGUGCAUGCAUUGUAAAUCAGGAAGGGAACAUUGUGGGUAUCGGCUAUAACAAAAUGCCCAAUGGCUGUGAGGAUGAGUUCCCCUGGGAGCGUAAAGCUGAAAACAGACUGGAGACAAAAUAUCCAUACGUGUGCCAUGCGGAGCUGAAUGCCAUCAUGAAUAAAACCUCUAUGGAUGUGAAAGGAUGCACCAUUUACGUCACUCUGUAUCCCUGUAACGAGUGCGCUAAACUCAUCAUCCAGUCAGGUAUAAGACAUGUGGUUUAUUUAACAAAUAAAUAUCCAGAUACAGAAGAGACACAGGCAUCUCAAAGACUGCUGGAUGCAGCAGGUAUUACACAAAGGCAAAGGAAUGAUCCCUGUUCCUUGCUGAGUUCCAUCGAUUCCUCUGCUGAGUGAAAAAGACCAAGUCUGUGCUCUUCACCACUGAAAUACUGAAUAAUACUGAAACAUUUAACAUUCCUGAAAUAUUGAGGAAAAAUCCCAGUAUAUUCAAAAUGAGUUAAUAGAUGAUAAUAGGUGAAAACUGCUUAAAUACUGCAAUGUAACUGAAAAAUUUUAACUUUAAUUAACUUUAAAUCUUAAUCAAACUCUUAAAUUAACUUCUGAUUUGUUAUCUUUUUGGUGGGGGAAAAUUAAGAUCACUAUAUUACUUAUUUCACAUACUGCUUUCUGCCUUUUCUUUCAAAUUUCUUUCAAAUUACUGGAUGUUAAUUUGACCUAAAUGAAUAGCCAAUUUAAAUAAACAUGCAUUAUACUUAUAUACAUAUUUAAUGUAUGUAAGUGUAUGAAAUAUACUACAUCUUCAUGUUCUUCAUAUUCAGAGUAGGGUUAUGCACAUGCUUAAGU